GCAAGCUCGGCCGCCGCCGCGUUUUGCAGGCUCUGUGCAGCGCUGCCGCCUGUGUAUGUCAGCAUCGGUGCUUCUUGAACCAAUCUAGAACGCCCAGCGCACCCGCGCGCCGCGUCGUCCGCCGGAGCAGUCCAACACAGCAGCGCACCUCGCUGCGCGCAGUCGCCGCGCGCCGCAGCAGCCAACAGCAGCGCCGCACGCGCGCCGCCGCAGCCACAAGCAACAACCAUGGCGGCAGUAGAACCCUUGCUGAAACCCUUCGAGACGGCCGCGCCGCCGGCGAACUACAAGAAGCUCGACGCCUCUCUCGAAGCUUUCAUGAAAGUACAUGUACCAGUAGAAAAGGAAGCCGGCUUACGCACGAGAGAGCGCGUCCUGGGCGAGCUCAAGCGCAUCUUCCAGGACUGGGUCCGCCAGGUCUGCCGCGCCAAAGGCUUGUCAGACGACCUCGCGAACGAGGCCGGAGGAAGGUUGUACACGUCCGGGAGUUACCGGUUGGGCGUCCACGAGCCCGGCGCGGACAUCGACAGCGUGUGUGUGGCCCCGAACCACUGCACGCGCACCGAGUUCUUCGAUACCCUAAAAACGGCUCUGCUCGAUCACCCCGACGUGACCAAUCUGAGGUCUGUCGAGACGGCCGUGGUGCCCAUCAUGACCUUUGAUUUUUGUGAGGUGAACAUUGAUUUGUUAUUUGCGCACUUGCCGCUCAAUGCCAUACCCGCCCAUUUGGAUGUUGAUGAAGAUGCUGUUUUACAGGGUGUUGAUGAGGCCACGGAGAAAUCUCUCAAUGGUCCUCGCGUGACGAACCUGAUUUAUAAAUUAGUAGAACACAACUACGGGUCGUUCUUAGUGGCUCUACGAGUAGCAAGAGUCUGGGCCAAAAAAAGAGGUAUCUACAGUAACAAGAUGGGCUACUUGGGUGGUGUCAACUUCAACAUCUUGGUAGCAUUAGUAUGCCAGCUCUUCCCGGCGGCGACGCCGUCCUAUCUAUUGACGAAAUUCUUCCACAUAUUUGCGGACUGGAACUGGCCGUCGCCCGCUAUCCUUUGCAGACCGGUGGACCACGGCUACGGCUUCGAGGUCUGGGGCCAGCACGCCGAUCAAUUACGGGGGCGGAUGGCGUACGCGAACCUGCGGUAAUCGGCGGCGUCCGCGUUUUCGCGUCGACGGCGUAUGAGCCGUACUCGCGUCGAUGGCGUCCGCCCGCCGCCGCGACACACGCCUCCCGCGCGCAGGAACAACCUCAUGCCCAUCGUCACGCCGGCCUACCCGGCCAUGAACUCGUCGGCCAAUGUCAAUGCGUGGUCCUUUGCCGUGUUGAGGGACGAGUUCAAGCGAGGCAGUCGCAUUUGUGAGGAGAUCGUCGAGAAUGCCGAUGAAGACCCGCUGAAGCUCUGGGCGCCUUUGUUGGAGAGAACAGAUUUCUUCGACAAGUAUGACGCGUAUCUUGCCGUGAAUGUACUAGGCGGCGACGAGGAGUCGUUCAACUCCUUUAAAGGUUUUUUAGGGUCUCGCUUACGAAAGCUGGUGGAACGACUGGGCUACCUACCGCUGCGAGCCAUCCACCUCUUCCCCGAAGAAUUUGAAAGGACCACCACCGAAGGCCUCGCGGACUACGGCGGCUGCUGGUUCCUGGGCAUCAAGGAGGACGUCACGAGGAUGGAGGGCGAAACUUUGAUUUUAACACAUACGUGGACCGAGUUCUGGACGGAAGACGUCUGUAAAUACCGCGACCUCGAUGAUGACUUGGAUGUGAGGCUCGAGCACCUGACGUGGGAACAAUUACCAGAUUUCGUGUUUGGGGACGACCAGGACGAGGUGGCCGUGGCCAAGGAGGUCGCGCUGGAAAGGCGAGAAGUGCGCCACGCGAGAGAAGCGGAGGAGGAGGAGUUAUUAGCUGUGGAGGAGGAAAAUCCCGCUCUCAAGGCGCUGAAGGAGGCCGAGGAGAAUGCAGAUGCCGGCACAUUGAAAAGAGCUAGGGAGGAGGAGGCGGCCGAGGACGAAGUCAAGAAGCCCCUCGCGCCGACGGAGGCGCGGACGCUGCACGACGACGCUGACCUGCCUCGCCUGGCGGCCGUCCUGCCGCCGUGGCACCCGCUCGCUACAACCAGUCGUGUGCCGCGGUCCAAGAAGGUGCAGCUGGAGCUGGCGUCCUAAAAUCUUAAUGUACUAGUGC